AUGGCUGCUCCCGACGAAAGUGUUGUUUCUAAGGAUGAGAUGCGAAGAUUCAUGGUGGAUUGUAUGACAACAGCUGGAGCUUCUGAAUCGCAUGCCACACAACUUGCCCUCGUUCUUCUCGAAGGAGACAUUCGUGGUCAUUAUUCUCAUGGACUCAAUCGGCUCGAUAUGUACGUACGUGACGUACAACAGAAAGUUUGCAAAGGAGAUGGAGAACCUGUGAUUUUGAAAGAAAAAGCUGGAACAGCCUGGGUUGAUGGUAAUAAUCUUCUUGGUCCAGUUGUUGGCAACUUCUGUAUGGAUUUGGCUAUCAAAAAAGCGAAAGAUGCUGGAAUAGGAUGGGUUGUUGCCAAAGGAUCAAAUCAUUAUGGAAUCGCAGGAUGGUAUGCAUUGAGAGCAAUGAAACAAGGAAUGCUGGGAAUGUCCAUGACAAACACGUCUCCAAUAUCUUAUCCAACAAGAAGUGCUGUCCCUGCAUUGGGAACUAAUCCAAUUAGUUUGGCAGCUCCAGGAACAGGAGACGAUGCAUUUGUACUUGAUAUGGCAUCAACAACAGUGGCUAUAGGAAAGGUCGAGUUAGCUGCAAGAAAAGAGAAUCCAGUGCCACUGUCAUGGGGAGUUGGAGCCGGUGGAAAAGAAACUACAGAUCCAUCGCAUGUUCUCAAUGGAGGAGGACUACUUCCAUUAGGUGGAGUAGAAGUCAGCGGAGGCUACAAAGGAUACGGAUUGAGUUCGAUGAUUGAAAUAUUCUGUGGAAUUCUGGCUGGAGCUCAUUGGGGACCUCACGUUAGAAAAUGGAUGAGCACGAGUGCUGAAGCUGAUUUGGGUCAAUGUUUCGUUGCAAUUGAUCCAGAAGCCUUCGCUCCUGGGUUCGCCGAACGUCUUCAAGAUUUCAUGCAAACUAUGAGAGCCUUGCCUACGUCGUCUCCUUCGUUCAAAGUGGAAGUUGCCGGUGACAUGGAGAGAAGACACGAGUUACUUGUAAAUGAUUUAGGAGGAAUCCCAUAUCAUAAGAAUCAGAUUGCUUUUGUGAACGACCUGGCCAGUAAACUCGGUGUGAAACCCGUUGCUUUGUUUGCUUCUAUCGUGGUGGCUACAAUUAUCCUUAUCAGUGAAAUCUCUCUGGCAGUUUUCGAAUACAUUCAUUGUCGAUUAGAUGGGAAUCCACUAUCUGCCGUUUUCGCUGGUAUUUUCACUGUUCACUCGGUUUUCACCACCUUUUAUAUCAUUGGAGCAUUUCGUCUGAUUGAAUGUUUUAUGGUUCCAUGGCUCACUUUGCAGCUGAUCUUUCUAACAACAUUCGCAUUAUUCGUCAUUGUUUGGUGGAUUGCUACUUUAUUGUCGAUAUUCAAUUUGGUUCAAUAUUAUCAUACAACAAGUGAUCAAGGAUUAACAAAUGCUGAAUUCUUCGUUUUGACUGGAGUUAUUCUCACAAUUGUCCUCGUGGUUUCCAUCAAAUUAUCUCAUAUUUUAUACAGAGGAUUCGUCACCGUUCGAAACCAAAAUCUGGCUCGUUACCGUAUUACAGAGGCGAUUCAACGAAAAGAUUCAGUCCUGAAACCCAGUUAUGUCUGA